UAAUGGCACCGUGCCCCGACACCAUCGUUAAACUGGCACCGCUGUUAUAAUACGCAGACGCAAUUGUAUACUUAGCCUGUUAGAUAUCAAUGGUUGAUAACCCAGUUAAUCUUCGCCAAGAGCUGAGCAUUGAUCGCAGGAAAUUCAGCUAUGGAUGAUCAGUCCCCUGACAUGACAGACAUCCUUGAGGAUGAUCUUGACAGAGCACUUCCAGUGGAGGUCCUGGGUGUUCCGAGUCGCGUUGCAACACUGGUCAACUCCCCAACAACAGACACCCUGGACUCUGUGGCCUUGGAACCUUCGCCUACUGACGAGGAUGAUGGUGAAGAAAAGACUGAUGGAAUAAAUGAUGCUGAGAGUGACCAACAAGGGCCAAUCACAUUCAAUACAUCCAAUGAUACGUCUCCCACCAGUGAAACACUGAGUAAUGAGCAGCAGAUAACUGACAUCACUGACACCUUCUCCCAGGUCGAGGUUGGGAAUCAGGAAACUGCAAACCAACCUCAACCAAGUCUCAGUAGCUACUUUGACAGUCCUAUUGGGGAUACUGAUGCCACUGACUUCUUUGACUCUAUCUCAGGUCCACCUGAAAGUCCUGGGCUUCAGACUGUGCAUCAGUCAGACAUUAUUCAAGCUGACACAUCCGGCUUGCAAGCUCUCACUGAGAGUCAGUUUGACAGCUUGACAGGAGGGGAUCAAGUGAGUGAGAUGGAACAGUCAGAUUUGCAGGUGUCACAGUUGGAGGAUCCCGAAGUAGAUCUGGUGCAGGAAGCAGCUCAUUCAGAUACCCAGCCCAUCCAUAGGGAGCCGGAGAGCAUUCCCUUUGAGGGGGAGACACUGUUGGCACCUAGGGAGCUGCAAGGUAGCAGUGAGGAUCUGCUCAGUAAAAGUGGAUUUGAAUCCUUCACAGCACAAGGGGAGGAAACUCUUGGUCCAUGUGGAGAUGGCGGUGAGAUGAUGAAGGCAUCAAAUCAAGAGUCGAGUCUGAAGACAGCUGAGCAGUCCAUGCUGUUUCCAGGGUACCAACAGGCUCAUCAGACGCCGAGUGUAGGAACAACACCCACACAGUUGUCUCCCCUGUCAACUCCGGUUCACCAGACUGCAACAAGUGCCCCUCCACUACAGCAGUCCCCAGGGGCGUACUCCUAUUCCCAGCCUCCUGGUCUUGACCGUCAGACGUCUGUCCCCUCAGCCCCUCCGAGCCCAUUCCGCCAGUUUGACGGCCCCGCCACCACUACCCCUCCAGCCUUCUCUACAUUCACAGAUGGAGCUGAUGACCCCUUCACAUCCAGUCUCUCCACUAGUGAUGCUGACCGCAGAUAUGAUGCAUGGCUGCCUUCAGAUGCCACACGACAUAUUCUGGUGACCAUGGCAACCAGUGCUCCUGGAAGCUACGUUCCACCAGCUGAACACCUCAGUUGUCCUAGAGUGAUGAGCAGUGAGCCCCAGGGAGAUCCGGUGCGUGACCUGGUGUACCGCUACAUGGGGGAGCAGGAAUCGGUCAAGCGGAAAGUACUGACGUCACUAUCUGUGCCACAGGACUUUGCUGGCUUGGAGCAUCUCAUUUCUGCAGGGUGUCUGAGGGCGGCUGUUGAUCUGACAGGGAAGAUGUUGGCUGAUGCUGGACAAGGGGAGGCAACUGGUGGGGAGCCAACUCAGCAGUCCCAGUACACACUGCAGCUGUGGUUCUGCCGUCUGUCGCUGCUGGUUCGUCUUCGUCUCUACGAUGUUGCUGAUACAGAGCUGCGUGGCUUCCAGACCCUUGACACACCGGACCUUUACUAUGAGUUCUACCCCCAUCUCUACCCGGGCAGGAGAGGCUCCAUGGUGCCGUUCGGAAUGAGGCUGUUGCAUGCCGAGCUGCCAAGUUUCCUUGGACGCAAUCAGGAGGCUCUGGACAAACUGUACUACGUGCUGGCUGUCAUCAACAGGAUGCUGUGUAACCUGGACACAGGGCUGGCGGAGGAUGGGAGUGUGUGGGAGAUGUCAGCAGACAGCAGGAACAAGUCUAUGGAACUGUGGCGUCAACGGGAGGUUCAGACUUUGUACAAGAUUGCUGGCGUCAUGGUGUUCGUAAAGGACUACGAAGCUGCUCUUUCUGUCUACGAGUCUCUGGAGGAGAAGGUCAAGGACAACAUGGAGUCUCUGAGGAGUGGCAUUGGGCGAAUAUAUCUGCAGAUGGGUAAUGUUCCGGAUGCCCUGACAAUCUUCAAGCAGCUGGAAGCAGAGUCUGAGAAGGGAGACAACACUACCAGCUGCAGGAACUCUGUCAACAGGGGUUUGGCUUCCAUGUGUCAGAACAACUUCUCGGAGGCGUAUGGUCACUUUAAGUUAGCUGUGCAGUUGGAACCACUCAAUACAUGCGCUGUCAACAACAUGGCGGUGUGCUCGCUGUACCUGGGCCGCCUCAAAGACGCCCUCAACACGCUGGAGUCCCUCGUCCACCGCGACCCUGCCAACAACCUCCACGAGGGCAUCCUCUUCAACUUGUGCACUCUGUAUGAGCUGGAGUCCUCACGUGCGCUGCACAAGAAACAGACCAUGCUGGACCUGGUCAGUCGACACAAGGGUGACGGCUUCCCCAUAGUGUGCCUCAAGAUGACCUAGACACGCGUCAUGUGAUGCCAAGGUCUCUGUGGGACCUCGGGAGCAGAGCUAAGGUCAAUAUGAUGUGACGGAAUCUGGGUCUUACACACUUGACAAUACUGGAAUGGUUGUCAUGUGUUGACCUUCACUUUGUCGUCGGAAGGGGAGGUAACUGAGGACCAAGCAAACCAUCGAAUGUUGAAGUCCUCCCGCCCCCCUACGGGAAGCUGCAAUAAAAGGACAGUGAUGAUUAUGAGGAAUAUAUACAUAUGUAUUUGAACUUCUUUUUGUAAAAAGCAAAUAUCAUGAACAUUGACUGCAUAUCUUUGCAGGGUUGGUGUCAUGUCUGUACAUCCACUAUGUGUGAUAAGUUUCUGACCUUGAAUGUUUUGUCGAGAGUUUUGUCAGGGUUGUUGCUUUCAAGAUCAUCACCAUCCCACUUCUCCAGACGAAUGUCCCGCCCCAGAAACUGAAACAUGAAACACAUUGGUACUGCAGCUGUUGAACAACAGUGUCUAACAGCUCCAUCAUCAUUUCAGACUCUGGGAUUGUGGGGGUAGGCAACACACAGAGGAUGUUUCCUACUGGGCUGUAUGUCAGACAAAUAUUUCUCUAGAACCAUCUUGUUACUGUAUAUCAUGGUGAUUAUCUGAGGGGAUGUGUGGACUGCUGUACAUUCCUUAGUAUUUAUUUCCUUGUUAAUGCAAACUGAUUCACUGUAUUAUUAAAAAUGUGAAGAAAAAAUAAAAUAUAAUGUCUAA